UCAUUAGCAUCGGAUCCGUUUUAAGGGGAAAAAAGCGCGAAGAAAGCCAGAAUCUCGACACCUUUGCCCGGUGGUGUCUCCGGUGACGGAGGAAGCUGCGGCGGCGGUAGGCUGAUGCUCGACUCGAGGAUCUUCGAGCUCAGAUCUUCAAUCUGCCCCUCUUCUUCUCCACAUCGCAGCUGGCAAUCUUAGGGUCCGUUCUUGAUCCGUUAAGCCCGAGCUUGCUUGCGGAAGCUUCGGCCGUUUAGGUUCUACAUCUGAAGCUGCUUUUGCUUGGUCGGGAGCGAUGAGAUCUGCGCCCUAGCAGUUGAGGUCACCUAUUUGUUUGGUGUGGGAGGAUAGGAUUGAUGUGAGUGAAUGAGAUGUCCUUAAAAAGCAUUGUUCGUGAGCUGAAGGAGAUGAGAGAUGGAAUUGGCAAUGUAUCGAGGGGGGGAUCUGAAGGUAGGCGUUGGCGUAGCCGAACACGGUCGCACAUAGCACCUGAGCAAGCCCCACAGCUUCCUGAGCUUCCCAUCGAACAGGGUCGCUGGGCAAACCUACCCCCGGAGUUAUUGUUGGACAUGAUAAAGAGGGUCGAGGAGAGUGAGACAUCUUGGCCUUCUCGGGCUGUUGUUGUGUUUUGUGCUUCAGUUUGUAAGUCGUGGAGAAAUAUUACAAAGGAGAUAGUCAAAACCCCUGAGCAGUGUGGAAGGCUUACCUUCCCAAUUUCACUGAAGCAGCCGGGGCCUCGAGAUUGCGCAAUCCACUGCUUCAUUAGGAGGGAUCCUGCAACCUCUACCUAUUUUUUGUACUACGGUUUAGUUCCAUCUGAGCAUGAGAGAGAGAAACUGUUGUUAGCUGCCAGAAAGAUUAGGAGGGCCACAUGUACAGACUUUCUUAUAUCUUUGGCUUCAGAUGUAUUUUCUCGAGCAAGUAACACUUACGUUGGUAAAUUGAGAUCCAAUUUCAUUGGUACAAAGUUCACCAUAUAUGAUAGCCAACCUCCAUGUGAAGGAGAUGUACAAUUUAGCAGCCGGUUCAGUAAAAAAGUCCAUUCUAAGCAGGUAUCGGCAAAGGCACCUGUCUGUAAUUACAGUGCAGGCACUGUUUCCUAUGAGCUCAAUGUCCUCCGAACCAGAGCCCCAAGGAGAAUGAACUGCAUAAUGCACUCCAUUCCUAUGUCUUCUAUUCAAGAGGGGGGCACUGCCCCGACACCAACUUUAAUCCCUAUUUCCUUCGAAGAUCAAGUUCCUUCUCACUCAUCAGCUUCGAAAGCAAAGGACACAAUAGUCUCUGAUUUUAGUUCCACGAGUCUCUCAGAGAUUCAACCCAGUCAGGUCUCGGAGGCUCCACUAGUCCUCAAAAAUAAAGCUCCCAGAUGGCAUGAGCAGCUCCAGUGCUGGUGCUUGAAUUUCAGAGGCCGAGUCACGGUUGCUUCAGUCAAGAAUUUCCAGCUGGUAGCAGCCCUUGAACCUUCCCACAACACAUCGUCUGCUGAGCAAGAAAAGGAUCCAUUUACCCCCCUCGGGACAGAACCUUGAGGAGUGCAACUCUGAUUGAAAGUUAUAUUACCUAAAAUUUCUGAAGGAAAAUUGCCUCCUAUCAAGUGAGCGUGGUGCAAACCCUAAUCUCGCUUUAUGUUACUUCUGGCUUCUCAUUUGAUCCUGGCUGCAUUCUGCCGUUGGUUCCUCAUCGAGUGUUUCUGUAACUGCAGCUGAUUUCAUUAAACUCUGGAGAAAACCCGAUUCAUCAAACAAGUUUCAAGAAAUUAAUAUAUAUACUCGCCUUCACUUAAAAUUUUAAAGAAAAAAUUUACGUAUGAGGUGUUUUGAAGUUAACCCCGAAUUUCAAUAUUUGGGUCAUCAAUGCAGCGUCCAGUUGUGGACUUGUGCUCCUGUGGAGGUCUGUUGUCGGAGAUGUGUAGGUAAUUGCUAGGUCUGUUUAUUCAUGCAAUGUGUGAUUUCCUUUGUAAUUGUUGUUGUAACCUUUCCAUUGGCUGCUUACAAUUGUUACAUUCUAGGGGUGUAUGUUUAUGUUCAGAGUUUGGUUGAUGUAGAAUAAAUACACAAUCCACAAUAUAGAGACCAGACAACAUUGACA